CACACAAGCUGUGGACGAGCAGAACGCUCAGACCCAACAGAACCUUUUCUCUCUGAGCCGGACUGAGGAAGAUGAAGGUCUGGUGGAGGAGGACGAGGAGGACGAGGUGGAGGAGGACAAGAUGUCUCUGCAGUCGACCUACAGCACCAAACACCGCAACACUCGCAGAGUCAGUAAGACGCCCUGUGAGAAGCUGAUCAGUAAAGGCAGCCUGUCGCUGGGCAGUUCUGCAUCACUUCCUGUCCACACAGGAAGUAGGGAGAACAUGCCGAUGCUGAACACAAAGAUCCUCUAUCCAGGUUUCAGAGGUAUCUCAGGUUCUCUGUCCAGCAGCUCUGUGAUCAGUCGACUGCUGGUCAACGCCGACCCAUUCAGCUGCGACCCUGACAACAUGUAAGUCUGUCUAUACG